UGCACCUGUGCUGCAUUCUGUGCACUGAACGUUCCUUACGGAAUAUAGCCAAGUAGGCCGACAUUUGCUGUGAAAAAUUCAACAGACACAUCUAAUUAAAAACAAUGGCCAAGGUUUUCAAGAAAACCAGUGGAAAUGGCCAGCUGACCCUGCUUUUGGGAAAGAGAGACUAUAUUGACCACGUGGAUAAUGUUGACACUGUUGAGGGUGUCCUGAAAGUUGAUCCUGCUGGUCUUGAUGGCAAGAAAGCUUGGAUUCAGCUUGCCUGUGCUUUCCGCUAUGGUCGUGAUGACCUGGAUGUGAUUGGCCUGUCCUUCAGAAAAGACAUCUGGUUCCAACAGAUACAGUUGUACCCCGCAGCAGACCACAAACCCUCCAAGACUGCAAUGCAUGAAGCUCUGAUGACCAAAGCCGGUGACCAAGGCAUCCCCUUCACAUUCAAUAUCCCAACAAACCUGCCCUGCUCCGUCACACUCCAACCAGGAGAGGAAGCCAAAGGCAAGGCUUGUGGUGUGGACUUUGAAGUCAAGGGCUAUGUCGCCAACGCAGCAGACGACCCCGAUGAGACCGUUGAGAAGAAGGAUACCUGCCGCCUGGUCAUCCGCAAGAUUCAGUUUGCUCCUGACAAGGCCUCCGCUGGGGUCUCUGCACAAACCGAAAAAAAUUCUAUUAGCGUCACAGCCUCCACAGAUAAGGGGAUCUUUUACCACGGCGAGGCAAUUCCCAUUAAAGUCAAAGCAAAGAAUGAUGGUGGCAAACCAGUGAAGAAAGUCAAAAUUAACAUUGAACAGACCACAGAUGUCGUGCUGUACUCUGCAGACAAAUAUACCAAGUCUGUCUUAAAUGAAGAAUUCACUGAAUCAAUGGAGUCUGGCGAAUCACUGGACAAGACUUUCUCUGUCACUCCAUUAUUGGCCCAAAAUAAGAACAAACAAGGCUUGGCUCUGGACGGCAGACUCAAAGAUGAGGAUACUAACCUGGCCUCAACCACAGUCCUGAGGCCAGGAAUGGAGAAGGAGGUUUUGGGAAUCUUGGUUACCUACGUAAUUAAAGUCACUUUGGUGGCAGGUGGUGGAGGUCUGCUGGGAGGUUUGACAUCUACUGAUGUGACAGUAGAGCUUCCCCUCACUCUGAUGAACCCCAAACCCGCAGAAUGAGUAAUCUCAUGUCUCACAAGGUGUAGAGUUCCCGUCAACACAAAGGACACAUAGCCUAUUCCCCAUGUAGAUUCCCCACAGCAUAAAAUGGACCACGCUGGAAACACAACAGAGGAUGCAGAACGACAUACUGUAUAGCUACUGGAAAAGGAUCAAAUAAAUGGGAAGAAUGGGCUGGAUGGACAAGGAGGAUGGACAGUGAUAAACCCAGACACCAGUGAAAGAAAAGGGAUCAGGGAUCUUCAACUACAGAUGUCUGUCAUCACAAAAAAAUAUCCAGUCAGAUAUGUAAUAUGUGAGUCAGAUAGGUGCAACUUAAAGCCUUCUGUCCAACCAACACUGAAAUGUGCACAUUGAUACAUUGAUGUCCACACAGUUGUCGGCAGACGUUUUAUCUGAAACUGUUGAAGACUGUGAUAUUUCAUCACAUAACAUCCUCUCACCUGUUCUGUGUGAUGAGGAAACUCAGAACUAAAAGUGUGUUCUCUCUAAAACUAAAAGAAAGUGGAUGGGAUUUGCAUGUAAUGUCCUUAGAAUAUUUGUGUUUACUUGUCUAGUCCUCCUUAAUUAGAACAGAUGUUCGUAUUCCAAGCGAAAGAAGAAAACAUAACUACACUGUAAUGUUUGUCAUGUUUGAUGUUUUUGAUUGAUAUGUCACUGAGCCAAAUAAAAAUGUGUAAAAGACUGGUAAAAGA